UUUGAAAAAUAGGAGGGGCUUCUAAACGACUAGAAAUGUCAAUCUGAGCAAGGGAGUCCCAAUAAUCUAAAGCAAUCUGUAAGGACCUGACCUUAGUCCAUCCAGAUCAAUAGGGAAGUGAGGGUGGAAAGAAGAAGACAGAGGAAGAAAUAAGGGGCGCAACCGGAUCGUUUACACUGGCUGUUCCCGAGGAAAUAUAGACUUCCCUUGCUUGCACCUUUUGUUGCUCACAUGCUCACACUGUAAAAGUGGAUAUCGAGGCAAUUCCCUUGCUUUGUGUGAUCGCAGCAGACUUUUUCCCCCCCUUUUCCUACCACCAUGUCUUUCCCUCAGCUGGGAUAUCAGUACAUCCGACCGAUAUACCCGCCGGAACGCCAGGGGAUCGCCAGCAAUGCCCGGUCCGGGACUGAGCUCAGUCCGUCCGGCGCGCUCUCCAACGUCCUCUCCACCAUGUAUGGAUCUCCUUUCGCCGCAGCAGCGCAGGGCUAUGGAGCGUUUCUGCCCUACUCGAACGAUAUAUCAAUUUUCAAUCAAUUGGGUGCUCAGUAUGAAUUGAAAGACAGUCCCGGUGUCCAGCAUCCAGGCUUUGCCCACCAUCACCCUGCUUUUUAUCCAUAUGGCCAGUAUCAGUUCGGUGACCCGUCCAGACCCAAAAACGCCACCAGGGAGAGCACCAGCACCCUGAAGGCCUGGCUCAGCGAGCACCGCAAGAACCCCUACCCUACCAAGGGCGAGAAGAUCAUGCUGGCCAUCAUCACCAAAAUGACCCUCACUCAGGUAUCCACCUGGUUCGCCAACGCAAGGAGGAGGCUAAAGAAGGAGAACAAGAUGACCUGGGCUCCCCGGAAUCGCACCGACGAAGAGGGGAAUGUUUACUCCAGCGAUCACGAGGGGGAGGAGGGCGACAAGAGAGAGGACGAGGAGGAGAUCGAUCUGGAGAACAUCGACACGGAGAAUAUUGAGAACAAGGACGACUUGGACGACCAGGACGACCUGCAUUCAGAUCUUAAACUCGACGGGAGGAGUGACUCUGAGAUUUCUGACGGCUAUGAGGAUUUACAAGGGCCCGAUCAGAGGUUUCUAAAGGCGGUGGGGAAGGAGGGCAAGGACGUGGAGAGAGGAGAGCACUUCCACAGCCACCCUCACCUCCACCACCAUCAUCAUCACGCGUCUUUGGACACGAAAGCGUCCCAACCUAACGGGGAACCUCUCAAACUGAACGCUGUGUCCGCGAACUCACCCCCCUCAGAAAACAACCCUGCCCCGGCCCAAAAGCCAAAGAUCUGGUCUUUGGCAGAGACAGCCACGGCCCCAGACAAUCCGCGGAAAUCACCACAAAUGAACGGCAGCAACUCCGCAGGGCCAGCCGCGCAGACCAUACUCGCCCCCCACAGACUCAUCUCUUCUUGUCCUGUUGGAAAAAUCCAGAACUGGACGAACCGAGCCUUCUCGGCGCACCAGCUGGCUUUACUGAACUCAAACCAUUAUCUUGGACUGGCAAACCAGGCCUCUGCAGCCGGCUUGGCCCUCUACAGCAGCAGGCAAACGGAGGACAAGAGUCAUAGUUCAGAGACUGCAGUCACAGGUACAUGUCCCCGACAUUGAGACGCGCAUGUAUAAAUAAGUACAGAGACAAAGACACUAUAGUCCAUUGCCCGUCAUUCAUUUCUGUCAUUUUACACCUCUUUUUGCAUUCUUUUGCCGGUCAAACAUGGAGUUUUGUUCUUUUUUUAGGCCACACAGAUUAACAGUGUUACUAUGUCAGAGCUGGUGUGCGUGUGUGUGUGUGUGUGUGUGUGUGUGUGAGUGUGUAUGAGCAGCGUAGAUGUCCGAGAGGAGAGAGAAAACCUCAUCAGAGAGCAUUUAAGAAAAUAGAAGUCUUAUGAUGAAUUGGGUGAAAACUGUUUUUAAUAUUUGUCACCCUUCCCUUCUUUAUUUGUCCUUUAAUAUUAAGGCCCAUGUGCUGGGAUUCAGUGGUUUACAAAAAACCCUAAAUCCACUAAGUUUUUACUGUGAACGCCAGGAUGGGCUGUGAUCAGAAUUAUUGCAUUUUAAUUUUCUAUUUUAAUUUCCAUCGCCACAGUUUCAGAGAAAGAUCUAGUGCCUUUGGAUGCAGAGACAAAGUCGUUAAAAACAGCUUUCCACCCAGUUCAAAGAUAGAGAGGCUGUCAGUUAAUGACAUCUGGGAAUUUUCUUUUUUUGAUGCCAUAUCACAUUUUCUUUUCCAAACGCCACAUUUACCCAAAUUAGCUUUUCUUCUCAGAUGUGUUUUAUCCCUGUGUGUGCGCUUGUGUUAUUUCGUCAAGGCCUAUGUUACACUUACUUGUUUGGUCAUGCAAAUGAGCUCAAUGCAAAUUCACUACAGGCUCGUUUAUGAAAGGCAAUUGUCACUUUUAUAUCACUUUGUGUUUUAGCUCUUCACGAGGCUAUUAUUAGUGGGGGUUUUUAUUUUGUUUUUUAGAAUUUAUUUCCCCCCCAUGUUUAUUUCAGGCCUAUAAACCAUCUUGAGGCAGCGGUGGUCCUCUCGGCUCUCUCAUCUAAAUAACCUCUCACCCAUCUUCUUUCCCCUCCUUUAUUUUAAUUUGAAUAUGGAAUGUAAAAUAAAAAAUAAUACAUCUCUGUAAACUUACAUUGUAAGCAUGUCCUGUGUAAAACUGCUAAUGUAAUAAUGUAUGAACCUGUAGUCUGUGAGUUUUAUUUUUAUUUUCUUUUUGUAAGUUCUGUGAGGAUUUGAUGUUCAAAUGUUUUUGUAUAUAAAGUUAAGAAUAUGUACAUACUUGUGAACCAAAUUGUACAAGAAAGUCUAUAUUUUGGCUAAUAAAUGAACUGCUGCAACUUU